UACAUUCACAUCGCUGCUUCGCCGGGCGGGAUUUCCGCAAUAAUAUCAAGUAUGGCGAAGACAUACGACUAUUUGUUUAAAUUACUGUUAAUCGGCGACUCUGGUGUCGGGAAGACCUGUGUCCUGUUCAGGUUUUCAGAGGACGCCUUCAACUCAACGUUUAUCUCAACAAUAGGCAUUGAUUUCAAGAUUAGGACAAUAGAGCUUGACGGCAAGAAGAUAAAGUUGCAAAUAUGGGAUACAGCUGGCCAGGAGCGCUUCCGGACAAUCACAACAGCCUACUACAGAGGAGCAAUGGGCAUCAUGCUUGUUUACGACAUCACCAACGAGAAGUCUUUUGAUAAUAUCAAGAACUGGAUAAGGAACAUAGAGGAGCAUGCGUCAUCUGAUGUUGAGAAGAUGGUCCUUGGAAACAAGUGUGACAUCAAUGACAAGCGGCAGGUGUCCAAAGAGAGGGGGGAGAAGCUUGCAUUAGAGUAUGGAAUCAAGUUCAUGGAGACCAGUGCAAAGGCCAACAUCAACGUGGAAAACGCAUUUUUGACACUUGCCAGAGACAUCAAAUCAAAAAUGGACACAAAAUUGGAGGGCAACACGCCGCAGGGGAGCAGUCAUGGAGUCAAGAUCUCAGAGCCUCAGAAAAAGACCAGCUUCUUCCGCUGUAGCCUACUCUGAGAUCCAAGGCCAUCGGCACUGGCUGCCAGCUGGCUGGACAUAAAUGGACUGUGCGUGCUCUUAGCACUUCCUCCCCCUUCCCACUUUCUACCCAACCAUGGUCUGUCCUCGCAGUCCACACAAACCAUAAUAGUCCCAGUAAGUGGAGGACUUCCCCUCCUCUCUUCCUCUUCUAAAGCUUCCAGUGGUGCAUCUCUUCCAUUUAUAAGGAGAUCUGUUGUCUUCAUUAGUCAGACCGCAUGACUGGUGGAGGACUUAACACGGGGCAUGUUCCAGAUGUUCCAUAUCACACAAAAGACAGGCUCUUACUUCUCACGUUAGUCUCUUUGUUCUACGUGCUCAUAUUUCAUACAGCGGGUAGCACAACCGAGAAUGAGAAAUCAAUUAAUUGUUGUCAAGGAUUUGGGAUUAUAAAUACAAAUGUGAUGUUUAGAUCUAUUUUUGUUAGUGCUUUUUCCCUUUUUAUGUGAUAAAUCUCAUCCAGAGACUGAUAAGCUUGAACUCCAGUGAAAAAGAGCUGCACAUGCUUUCUUUUCAUUUCAGCGGUUAAGGACCAUAUCAAGAAUAAUGUGGUCAAGGAUCAGAGAGGAAUUGGUUGGGAAGGUUUUCCGUUGGGCGUUCUGCUAAUUUGUUUCCAUGCAGUCCUCAACAGUUAAUUGAUGCGACUAAAAACAGUGCGCCAUCAUGCCCUGAUCAUUACACAUUGCCUCCAGCUCUUUUCAAAAAGCUUUUAAGUGCUUAAAAGCAGUUUUGCAAAACAGAACCUAAAAAUACAAUCUAGGUUUUUGCCUGUGGAUUAAGUUAUGAUAUCAUAUUAUCAGCAGAACAUUGUUGAGGUGACAUUUUUCUUCUCUGGUGUACUAACUUGCGAUAAAAUUAGUACACCACUUGUCACAAGUGGUUUACUAACUUGCGAUAAAAUUAGUACACCACUUGUCACAAGUGGUGUAUCAACCACUUAGUAAAUUACUGCAAAAUGUUGUAUGUACAUUUUUGCCCUCAAAAAUGUACAUACAACAUUUUUGAGUGCAAAUGUGCUUAAGCUGCAUUGCUAUCCAUUUGUAAGUGCAAUAUUUAGGAAUAUUUUCAGAAGUACUUGCUGUAUCAUUUGACUAAUCCUCCAUAGGUAAGUACAGUCUAAUUUGAUUAUGGCUGAAACUGUUAUUUCAAAAUUUGAUUAAUCUGCAAUUUAUUUUCUUGAUUAAUUGACUGGUUGGUCUACAGAAUAGUGAAAAAGGCCUCUGAAAGUUUUCUAAAGCCCAAGGUGACUUCCUCAAAUGUCAGAACAACAGUCCAAACCCCCAAAACCUGCAGUGUACUAUUGCAUAUAGACGAAGAAAAGCAGCAAAUCCCCACAUUGGAGAGGCUGGAACUACCGAAUGUUUGGUAUUUUUACUUGAAGAAUGAUGGUUAGGACAAUUACUCGAUGAUCAGAAUAGUUUUUGGAUUGAUUUUUUUUUUUCUUUUUUUCCCUUUUUUUUUCUUUCUCUCAGUUAACUGAUCAUUUGAACUCUAAAUAAGACCAUUUUAGAGUGUUACCUUUUAAUUUGAGUUGCAUGAAGGUUUUGUAGCAGCUCUUACCCACUCUCAAGCUAAAUGACAUCUCUGGUUAUUUGAUCAGAACUCAAAUUCACUCUUGAGGUUUCACACUGUAAGCCACUUCACCCCUGCUAUCCAAGCAGCUCUCCUUGCACUUUAAUAGUAACUCGUGUUUUGUGUGUAGCCUGUGCCAAGUGGUAGUUUUGCAGUACAGCAAUACAAUUACUUAGUUAAAAGUGUUUAAUUGAUCUAAUGAGUCUUGGUAAUAUCAUGGGCAUAAUUCCUAAAUUUUAAUGCACCUACUUAAAAAUGACUCAAUCUCCUGUUCCGCUGUUUCACUGCUAGUGAUCCACUGUCCUGCUAUUAGUUCACUGAAAAACGUUGCCCUAACCGACUUCAACAGCUAUACAUAUUUGUAAAAGAAUUUGUGAGCCUCUGUUUCUAUGCUACUGUCCUGCCAAACUAUAGUUUAAAAGCGAUAUUUUCUUGGCCUACAUGAAAGCUGGCUUGACCUAAACUUAAUGGAGGUCCCGUUAGUAUUAUUGUACAUUUUCUUGUGUAUUUGUGUUUCACUGUGGCCCUUUAGUUUGAAAGCUAGGUGGCACCAGAGGCACAGUGUGCAUAACAGGUGACCACCGUAACUCAAAUUUGAACCAGUAUUUUAUUAACAGAACGAGCCACAGUGAACUAGACUUGUGUGAUGCAAACACGUACCCUCGCCUCGUAUUUAACAUCGAUGUUGAGUCUCAGUCUGUUUCCGUUGUUCCUCAUGUUUCCUUUCUUACAUUUGUUGCUAGUCUGAAAAUCAAGCUCCUGUAUGCACAAUAUCAAGGGGGAAUCUGUCUUUGCUUGCCUGCGCCUUUUUAAUAUCGAAUGAUUUGGGACCUCAUAAAUACCAUGACCAUUUGUCUUAACCGCUAAUACUCAGCUCUGUCAUAAGUGAGCUAUGCAUUGUGAAUUUUGGACCUGUGCAUAUUUGUGUAAUGUAAUUUUCAGACAUACACGGAGACCUGUACAGUUGAAUGUAUGGGCUUUUUGUUAUUUGUGUUUUGUUUCAUUCACUGAGCCAAAAACAGGACAUGCUCUGUUUGUAGAAAGCUGCGUUGCUACAUCAAUGCGAGUGAAAUUUACCUGGAUGCUGAAAUGUGGAGGUAGUGCAGUUGUCUCAUUCCAGUGAUGCUGUAGCUUUAAGUCAUAGACAGAAGCACAGGGAGCAGAAUUUUGUGGGACUCAAGCUGUGUCGUUUUCAGCUGAAACGAUACUCCCUCUUUGAUUUUUAUUUUAAAUCAUAUCCUUUUUUUUUUUUUUUUAAGACUCCUAUCACAUGCCAUGAUAAACUGUACAUCCCUUUUUACAGCCAUAUUUUCAUUCCAUUGAUUGUGAAGUACACAGGGAGAAUAAUACAAUGCAUUUUGGAAAAAAGGUGAAAAAAAAACCCACUGUAAAUAUCACAUUAAAAAGAGAUCUACUUAAAUUGUACUGUACUUUCUAAACCCAUAUGAAAAUUUAUCUACAAU